GUAGCUCUGUCAACAUCACGGCGUCCGCUUAUCGCGACGCCUCGUCCUCCAGGCAGCGGGCACUCCGCUACUUCUCAGCCGCUGAUGAGUGCCGCUCGUCCGCCUGAGAUGACACGGCCGCCCAGCUAGACGCCAGCCACCCGCCGAGUACCCGAUCGCGCACACGCCAUGACGGAGGCGUCGCUGGAGAAUGUCGUCUAUUACCGCGGCGGUGGCGGCUACGCCUCCCUGCUGCGCUUGCCGCAGAAGGGAGCGAUGCAUGGAGCACGACGAGUUGCAACUUUCUGCUUGUUGACAGCAGUCCUUCCAACUGUCCUCCUUGUUAUACCCCUGUACCUGCGUCACAGUGUUUUCUCAGACAGAAUGUUUGAAGUUGCUGAGGAUGAAAUUCUGGUCCUUGAAACGGUAGAGGGAAUAUCUACUGUGUUCUGCCAGGGCCAUUCUUUGAAGAUGAAUUCCACCUUUAAUGCUUUUCAGCUCAGGACUGUUCCUGAGAUUGGUACUAAAAUGAAGUCUUCAAAAAUAAUAAAAAAAUUCUCACUUCAUGAUGAUACUUGGGAAUAUUGGGGUUUCUUUUUGCCAAAAGGAUCUGCUAUAAAUGUAACACUUUGCUCAAGCAACCCUGGAGCACGAAUGUUGAUUGUCAAGGGAGACAAAACUCUCAAGAAAUGCGACCUGAUUGACCAAGGUGUUCGAAAGGUGUCUGAUAGAAUUCUUGUAGACAGGUUCUAUAAUAAAGGGAUCACUGUGUAUGAGAUUAACAAACAGCAACAAAGUCUUACAGAGAAAGGACACAGUGUUCCACAGCAUGAUACUCAUAUCCAAGGUAUGUCAGAACAGUCUGCUGAACAGUUUGAAGGAGAAGAUGAAACAGACGAUGGAGGUGAUUAUCCGCUCUCAUUUUCAAAGGGAAUGAACAGAGUAAUUCUUCCUGUACUGCCCAAACAACUGAAGCAAAAUACUGUAAAAAUCCCUAAUUUGGAUGAAGUGAAACAGAGUGAUACAGGGAACAGUGAUGAUGAUAGUUUGGGUGCUGAAGAAGUUCAGGCAUUAGAGGUGAUCAGAUCUCAUUUACAGAAACAUGCAAAUGAUUCCUUGUAUUUAACUACUUUGAAUCAAAGUAAUGACACAAGUGCUAAUUCAUCAAGAAAAAUGCGACAUGCCAAAAGUAGAGCUCGAAAUAUCAGACGCAAAGAAGUGAGUGGUGCUGGUGAUGAAGGACAGUACCAAAGACAGCGGAGGGAUGUCCAUGCGUUGGAUGGAGGUAUGGCUCAUGGUGGCACUGCUGCUAAUUACACAGAACCAGAAGAUGAUGGGGAGUCAUCAGAGUCAAGCUUUGAAAAUGAACUGCUGCGUUGUUACGGGAAACACACUGUAUUUGAGCAUGACCUUGUACCGUCUCAGAAUUGUACAAAAGGUGCCAGUAAUAUGACAUAUACAACAAUCGUAGACUAUAAGGUACAAGAGGAUGGCUACUACCAUUACAUAUUUUAUAGUGAUAAUGAUUUUGUUGAUAAUACUAUUAAUGCAGUAUUUGAAAUGUUUAAACCUAGAUUCAAAUACACUAAUUACACUCAUGCUUGCAUAAAUCAAACUGAAUGCAACUUUGAUUUAUCCUUUUGGUCAAAUGAAGUGGUAAUACUGGAAAUGCCUCAUUACAGUGCCAUUGAGACUGAACGAAAAUUGUAUUUGAUUUCCAGCUGUUACCCUCGAAUGGCAGUGUAUAUAGUAUUUCCAAUUUCUGUCUUGUUCUUGAUAUUAGGUUGCGCUUUUCUGUGAAUGGAUAUGUGGCCUAUGUUGUACAUUAUAAUAAUGUCCUUGGACAACAGACUAGAAAUUGGUCUGGAGUGCUGUCAUUAUGCAACUCACUUUCAUAUAACAUAGUAUGGAUUUAAUAAGAGCUUAAGUUGUGAUUCUUAGGUGUUGCGAUCUGCUUAUAAGUUUUUCAUUAUUUUACUGCAUACUUGGAUAUCUAAGUUAACAGAAAUUAGCUCAGGUGAAAGUAGUUGCAGCAGAUUUUCACAUUACGGACAUAGUCUCAAAACAGCAAUUAGAGCGUAGAAAGGCGAACCAGCUAUAAAUUAUGGACAUCCAGGUAUAAAAGGGAAACAAAAGUAAAGAAUAACAGUUGAGCAUCGGCUUUCCCAAUCCCCUUUCUCCCCCCCUCCCUCCCCCCCUCCCCCCUCCCCCUCUCCCUCUCCCUCUCUCUCUCGCUCUCGCUCGCUCACUCGCAGUAUGCCGAAGUGCUUGUUCCUCAGUCUUUUAGUGUAUUGAGCCUUGUAAGUGAUGGGUUGGUAAGCUGGCCCACCAGUUCUACAAUUUGAAGCCUCUGAUCUGGUGUAUUGUGUUUAGCAGACCAUAAGGGCCUGACUGAUUCCUGCUUAUGUAGAUUAUGUGAAUAGAAUGUCAAUACAGACUUCUGUUCUCAGCCACCUGUUCUCUAAACCUACAUCAGUGGUGAAGUAAUAAUAUACUGCUCUGAUCUUUGGAAAGAAUUGGGCCUGAGUCCUAAAUUGAGCAUUUUAGCUGUACCAAGCAAGGUGGCCCUUUCGUCAGCUUACUGGACUCACAUUCAGGAGUUACAGUUGUUCUCAUCUGUGUCCAGCCAUCCAGAUUUAGGUUUUCCGUAUUUUCCCGAAAUUGCUCCAGGUAAAUUCCACGAUGGUUCACUUGAAAGGGCAUGGCUGAUUUCCUUCCCCAUCCUUGAAACAAUUUGAGCAGGUGCUCUGUCUCUAAUGGUGUCAAGUGGAUGUUAAACCCAAAUCUUCCUUCCUUCCUUCAUCCAAGUUCUAGCUGUCACAAUUUGCCUCAUUAUACCAAAAUAAAUGUCAGAAUUUCUUAAACUAAACAACAGCUAACUGUGUCUCUCAUUUCUGUCAAAACUGGACGAGUGUUUGCUGGCCAUUGUGGCCGAGCAGUUCUAGGUGCUUCAGUCUGGAACCGCAUGACCGCUACGGCUGCAGGUUCAAAUCCUGCCUCGGGCAUGGAUGUGUGUGAUAUCCUUAGGUUAGUUAGGUUUACGUAGUUCUAAGUUCUAGGGGACUGAUGACCUCAGAUGUUAAGCCCCAUAGUGCUCAGAGCCAUUUGAACCAUUUUUUGGACUAAUAUCAUCAUUUAAAAAAAUAUGCAAAAAUGAAUCGUAAGUCUCAUCAUGUACAAGAAUAUGACUAGCUAUAAAAAAGUGUAAGCUCUUUCAUUUGCAUCUUACAUCACAUUUCCUUCUCACUGCCCAUCACUCGUAACUACUAUCAUCUAUUAUUGAGUAGUAAAAAUAGGCACUUGGAUAGCUUGUCAACACAGUGCUGUUCAUUAAAUGUUUCAAAACUAUUUUGCUACACUCACUGUAUCUCAUCACCUUUCAAAACGAAUCAUAAACCAUUUUUUUCUAAAUGUCUUUUGGCAGGUAAACUUGAUCAUCACAUUCAUGAAGGAUCUUUUCAUCUAUAGAAUAUUACCAUUCUAUCAGCUGAAGCUUCAGUUGUGUAACAAGGCAGAUUUCACAUGGGACAAGUUCAUAUCUGUAGGUGGACCACAUGUGUUUCCAUUGUCAACAUGGUUCUAAACUUUACUCACAUUCAUCAUGAAGUGCCCAACUCACAGGUCCUAGUCUUCAUUGAAUUGCUUUUAACACCUCUAUAACUUGAUGCAAGAUUGUUUUGCAUUCCACUCUCCAGUUGGUGUAUUUAAAAAAAGGGUAGUAUUGAAAAAUAGGAAUAUGACACAGUUCAACUGUUACUUCACAGAAGAGAUAAUAGCUACAAUUCCUGUCAUGAAAGACAGUGAUUUUUUUGUUGAUAUCAGUACACCCAUCAUUUUCAAAUGCCCACUUCAUGUUGUGCAACUGUGUUGAAACAUAAUCAUAACAAAGUUAUGUUCCUGAGCCUGUAACAAUGCUAUUUAUGAGGGACUUUUAAAAAGUAAGUUACACAUUAUUAUAGGAGGGAAAUAACUUUUACUGAAUGCUGCACUACAAUUUACAUGUUCAUGACCUAAUUUUUCAGCAUAGUCACCAAGUCUGUGUAAACAACAGUCAGUAUGCUAUACCAGUUUCCAAUUCCUCAACUGUAAAAAUCUUCUCCUUGGUCAUGGAACUGUUCAAGAACUACGGCGAGAACGUCUUUGUUAUUGGUAAAUCUCCCCCCCCCCCCUUUUCACCCACACCAUCCCUACCCCUACCCCUACCCCUACCUCUACCCCUACCUCUACCCCUACCUCUACCCCUAUCCCUACCCCCAUCCCUACCCCUACCCCUACCCCUACCCCCUACCCCUUACCCCUCAAAUGUUCUUUCAUCUUGCCAAAAAAGAUUACUUGGACAUUGUUAUCUGUGGUUGAUGUCAGUUGCUUUCCUCCCUGAUCAGCAUUGCCCAAAUCUGUGUGUCCUUGCUCAGAAUGUUGACUUGGUUUCUCUGUACGUAGAUGUGACAUUGCAUUUGACCCUCAUACUGCCAGAAUUUGACUGUGAAUCUGUGUGAAAUUUAGACAAUUUGACCACAGGAUCAUACUCCACUGCAUUCUUCAGCUUUGGAAUAUGUUUCCACUUGCUGCACUAUUUCACUCCCACAUUGUGAUUACAGCAGCAGAACUGUAUCUACAGGAGAGCUGGAACAUACACCACUUUUAUGAUUCAAUUAUCAUAGCAUGGGACAGCAUAUGUAAUUUACUUUCUGAAAUCUGAGCAUACUUAGCUCAGUGAAUGGUUUUAGAAUUUUUUGCACUAGGAGUAAUGUACUGUUUGCUCUUAUGGGAAGAAUUGUGGCAUCUGCAAAAAACAAAGCUUGUCACUUUGAUAUGGUGUUUUAUGUAGUGGAUGUGGAUUACAGUUAUGAACAAGUUCAGCAAUCCUUGCCAGUUGCUGGUAUGGUGUACAGUGGUCUUCUUGCACUGGAAUGUAUUACUGUAAUGAUAUCAUCCUGCCAACUGUUUGAGCAUGUUGUUGUAAGGGGGGGGGAGGAUCUUUGAAGCUAGAGCUACUCCCACUAAAACAUUUAAAUAUUGUAGAGUGACAUGGAAAUUCAUCCUCUGAUGACAGGUGUCAUUUCUUGAAGUCAUGGACCUACUGUCAGCCAUGAAAAGACAGUCACAAAAUUAUAAGGAGACAAGGUAGCUGGCCAGCAAUUAUGUUAAGGUGGAGAAAUUCAGAUAAUGCCAACCAAGACUUUGUUUCUGCUCAUCCUCACAACCCAUGUGUCCCUCUCAUCUUCUGGUCUGAGUCACCUGUUGCUCCUUCUAAUAACUUUCAUUCCUGUACCAUGAGGUAACAGCUCCAAAAAUCAGAAAAUAUAUUUGUAUAUUUAUAUGUGACUAUCAGCAGUAUUGGAAUUUCACCCCAUGAAGGUAGAGACCAACCAGCUGUUCUGUCUCCUCGUAAUUUUAUUGUUUUCUGAAGUGAAUUUUCUUCAAGAAAAGUUUUUCUUAACUGCUAAUCAUUCUUCUUUCAUCCAUUGUUUCAUAUCUUGAUAUUAACAGCUCAACAGCUAUGGUAGAAAUGAUUUAAAAAAAAAAAAAA